GUUUCAACUUAAAUUAUAAAACAAAACACCCUAUGCCCACGUUUUUCUGCAAAACACUGAUCACUCCCCUCAUUGCACUGCCACACCACCUGCCUCUGCCAUAAAGGGAACAAAACAAGCUUCUGAAACCCCAAAGUUCCCUCUUUAAUCCUCUCUCUGUUCACUCGUCAGAACCACACACUUGACACUUGUUCACUCAUCACCAUGCUCUCCCUAACACCCCCUCACAUUCAUUGUUUUUUACCACUUUGCCACUGUUACCCUCUACUUCUUUCUCUUCUUCAAUGUUGGUUUAUUAUAUCACCCCAUCAGGGCCAUUAUUUCAGCAACCCCUUUUCCACGCCGCACCAUUCAAGGGAUUUUUCUUUGAUUUUCCUUGUUUUCAUUUGCUCAGGUUGGUUUGCACUGUUGUUUCACGUGGGUUCUGGUUAUGCAAGAGUGAGGCAGUGAUGGAUGGUAGGAGGCAUUCUGUUGACAUUCCUAUUUCCAAAACUCUCGUGGCACUGAGGAGACUAAGGUCAUUGAGGGAUCCAUCAACUAAUGGUAUUAGCACACUCUCUCCUUUGAUUGAUGAUGGAGAUUGGGAGAAUGGUUCUAGCAACGGGGUUUCUCUGAGUUUGAGGUUUCUGAAUGCUUCUUGUGCUGGUGAUUGUGAUGAUAAUGGUCUUUCUUCAUCAAAUAGUUUAGAUUUUAAGGAUAAAAAAGAGCAGGACACUGCUGAGUUUGAAAUGGACACGUUGAACUCUAAGAUGAACUACUGUGGGAUUGGGAUCUCAUUUCAGGAAAGUCACCAAGAUGAUGGAUUAGUUUACGCUGAUGCUAAGGAGCAAGGUAAAUCACCAAAAGAAAGCUUUUGUAGCAACCAUGAAGGUAGAGGAUUGGAUUUGGUUUCCAUCAUGCCUCCUUGUGAUCAUUUGAAGGAUGGGGAGUCAUGCUAUUAUUCAACUGCAUUAAGGGUAGAUCACUCUAAGUCAGCAAGAAAAUCACUACGUAAGAAUCAAGUGAGACCAUCUGAAGUGAUGGGUGAUAUUUUAAGCCAUGUAGGAAGUCAACAAUGCCUUUCUGUUCGUGAUGCUUUUUCAACUCGUAGCGCCUCAGAACUUAACACUCAAGAUGUUGAUGUUUUAGAUAAUUCCCUUGGAUGUGGAUUAAGGAGUUGUUGGUUAAAGUCACCAAGGUUUAGAGAAUCAAAUCAUUAUUCUGAAAUAGAAGACCUUCCCUUGAUAUUGCAUCGUGUUAAUGAGACAGAUCUAAGUGGACAUAGAAACAUGAGACAUAUUGGCGGCGAAACUAGUCCAACUUUGGAAACUCCUAGAAGUUUAUCUAUGAAAUUCAAGCCAAAAUCUUUCAGUGAUUUGGUUGGACAAAAUGUGAUAGGAAAGUCUCUUUUGGGUGCUAUCUCUAGAGGAAGGAUAUCAUCAUUUUAUCUCUUCCAUGGACCACGCGGCACAGGCAAGACCUCUGCUUCUAGGAUAUUUGCUGCUGCACUGAAUUGCCUCUCUCCUUUGGAGCAAAAGCCUUGUGAUCUGUGUAGAGAAUGUGUUUUGUUCUUUUCUGGAAGAAGUAAAAAUGUUAAGGAAGUGGAUUCUUUGAGAAUCAAUCGGGCAGACAAGGUUAAAUCUCUUGUUAAGCAUGCAUGCAUUCCACCGGUUUCCUCACGUUUUAAGGUGUUCAUUGUUGAUGAGUGUCAGUUAUUGCAUGGGGAAACAUGGGCUUGUCUUUUGAAUAGCCUCGAGAAUGUUUCUCAACAUGUGGUUUUUUUGAUGAUCACACCUGAUCUGGAUAAGCUUCCUCGGAGUGCAGUUUCCAGAGCCCAGAGGUAUCACUUUGCAAAGAUUAAAGAUGCUGACAUUGCAAGAAGAUUGGAAAAAAUUUGUGUUGAAGAAGGCCUUGAAUCUGAACAAGUUGCUUUGGACUUUAUUGCUGCUAGAUCCUGUGGUUCUCUUAGGGAUGCUGAAACUAUGCUUGAUCAACUGAGUUUGCUUGGUAAAAAAAUUACUAUUUCCUUAGUCCACGAGCUUAUGGGGGUCAUUUCUGAUGAUGAAUUGCUUGAUUUGCUUGACCUGGCUUUAUCAUCUGACACUUCAAAUACAGUUAUAAGAGCCAGGGAACUUGUCAGUACAAGGAUAGAUCCUGUACAACUUAUAUCACAGUUGGCAAAUCUUAUUAUGGACAUUCUUGCAGGGAAAUCUGAACUUGGUGGUUCUGAAAUCAGAAGAAAAUUUUGUAAUAGAUAUACCUCGGAAGCAGACCUACAGAAACUAAGUCAUGCAUUAAGAAUACUGUCUGAAACAGAGAAGCAGUUGAGAAUUUCCAAGAAUCAAACAACAUGGUUCACUGCAGCUCUUCUACAGUUAAGCUCCGUAGAAUAUUCAUCUGAGGAUACAAACAAUACAAAGUUGUGUACACGAGCUGCAUCAAAUAGAGAUGGUGAUAGCUACAGUACAUCCCCUAAAGGGGACAGCUUGGAGCAUCUUGCUACGACAGGUCAAUGUGAUGACAAGUCAUAUAUAUUAGGAGUACAUGAGGAUCACAAAGGAACAUUGGAUUCUAUAUGGUAUAAAGCUACUGAGAUGUGUCAAUCUAGCAGGCUUAAAACUUUUCUCAGGAAACAGGGGAAGUUGUCUUCAAUUUGUAUUAAUCAAGGCCGUGCGGUUGCUGAGUUGGAGUUCCACCGUCGUGGCUAUGUAAGUAGGGCUGAGAAGUCAUGGAAGCUUAUUGCAAGCUCCCUGCAGUUCAUUUUGGGUUGUAACCUCGAGCUUAGAAUUAAUUAUGUACCUUCUAAUACUUCGGACUCUAAGUAUGCUAAAUUGAAGAGGUCGUCCAUCAAUUUCUUCAGUUGUUCUCGUAGAAUCCGCUGGAAAUCUUUAUCAUCUAAUGAACUAGGAUGCGAAUCAGAUAAUGCUGAUUAUACCUCUCAAAAGCUCAUGAUGAAGGAUCAAAGUCUAACUUGUUGCUCUGAUUGUGCAUCUCGAGUGCCACCACUUGAGUCAUACCAUAGGAUGCAAGCUGUGACAACAUUGAGAUGUAGUGAAGGGAAUUUGCUAAGCUCGGGGAAAAUGUUUUUCAAUAGGUCAGGUCAAGAGCCUCCAAAAAUUUCUUGUUCUAGAGUUGAUUCUCUCAAGGAAGAGGGGCGUGAUUAACAUCAAGCUUCAUCAACCCUUGAUUUCCUUGAACCCGCUGGCUUCAUAGAAGGUGGUGUUCUUCAUAUGCACCACAACAGAAGGAUUUUGUUUUACCUAUCUCCAAGUUCAAAUGUUCUGUGACUUGUAGAUAUGACCAGGAACCUUGUGUGAUUUCCCACAGCUCUAACAACUGCACCAUAUCUGCUGAGGAGCAGUAGGUUGCUUUUCAUCGCAAGCAUUAUCUUUGUUUUUGACUUUAAAUUAUAUUGUGGAGUUAUGUUAAUUUAAUAGGGCCAGAGCCACUGUUUCCUUUCUAUAUUUUUUUGACAAUGCAAUUGUAUACCUAUGAUAAUUGGAUGUAAUCAGCUGAAAUCUACAUUCAACAUGGAGACUGAAUUCAAGUAUUGAAAACCCAUCAGUAUAUUGUGUUCAUCUGAUGAGCUAACCUCCAGGGCUCUCCUUGGAUUAUGAUUUGAGUAUGUUUGGCAUGCUAGAAUCAUGCCACUUUUCCAUGAGAAUGAGCAUUCAUUUGUUUGUUUAAAAAAUUCAUGGAAUUUACAUUUCAUUUCAAAACUUGAUUCUAGACAUAGGAUUUGCCAUUCCUUAAUGAGAUGGGAAUGGGUGGGUCUGGUCAUUCCACACAGUAUGGAAAUUAAUACUAUAGUACAUUUCAUAUUAAUCCAUGUACUAAACGUCAAAGACAAAUUUGAAUUUGAAAAGAAUAGAUUUCAUUCCAAAGCAAGCUAAGUAUUGGAGAAUGAAUAAUAACUCCGAAUUUCUAUUACCUUUUCAAUUCAAUAAAAUUUGGAUGUGUACCAAGUAUACCCCUAGCGUCCUUGAACUGAUGUUUAAUGAAGGUGCUUCAUGCACAUCUUUUGCAGGGAGUUAGAAUUAUUGGCUACUAGGGAGGAUGAUGGCCUACUGUAAAUUGUGGUCAAUCAUCCUCUUAGUGAACUCAUGAUCAUGCAAAACUGUGUUGUUGUAUUAUAAUCAUUUUCUGACAUUAUCAAAUUUGGAAUUCUUUCCUUACUAUCUUGGUUUAGUCUUCUUACACUAUUUUUUAAC